AUGUAUGCCACCGCCAACAAUACAAUAAACCUUACAACAACAACAACAACAACACCGACACUACCCUCCCUGUUUAAUUCCAACACCACCAACAAGAACAAAAACAACACCAUAACCACCACAACCACAACUACCACCAAUUUCAGUUUGAACUCCCAUAACAGAACUGAAUUGAUUGAGCGCAAUAAUUGUAACCGUCAGCAGCAGCAGCAGCAGCAGCGCCAACAGCAAGUCAAUCGCAAAACGCAGCUACUACCAACAACAACAGCUGGAGCUGAUUUACAAUCAUUAUUGAAUCUAUCACCACCGCAGACGCAACAACAAGCAGCGGCAGCAGCAGUUGCUGCGGCAACACUUGCAGCUUCGCUCGGUGCUUUCAGUGGCAGUAGCAACAGUCAUCAAUCCAAUACCAUAUCGGCAGCAGGACGAAGUGCAUUGCCUACACCAACUCAGACGCAGGCUUUGAUAAAGACCGCAAGCAAAUACAUUUAUAAUAAACCACGCAAUCACUAUGAAUUAAUGCAACAACGAUUCCAAAUGCAACAGGAAUUCGCACAUCUUUUGACUAGUGUUGCUGCGAGCAGUGCUGCUGCAGUAGCAGUACAACAACAACAACAACAACAAACCCAACAAAAACAACAGCACCAACGUGGCCGAAACGUUGCCGAUGAGGAAAGUGUUAAUUACGGCAGUUUUGCCGGGACUAAUUCGCGUUCGGUACAAGUAGCUGCAGUAGCUGCAGCAGCGGCAGCCAAAAAUUCAUUAUCCUCUCUUUUACCUUAUUCGAAUUGGUUUUUUUAA